AUGGAUCCCAUUGGCAUGUUUUCGAAAUCUUUGUCGAGGAAAAGUGUCAGCCCAGACAGGGACCCUUUACCAAACGGACUCGGCCGAUAUCACCCGCUACAGGCGCAAAUACCAAGAACUCUUCCCAGUCCAACAUUAUACCCCAUUUAUGAAGACCAGAACACAUUUGAUGGCGAGCGACAAGAAGGCUGCUGGCACGACUGUCUGGAAUCGCUGAGCCAAAGCUUGCAUGAUACACCAGGAUCACAAGAAACAACAUAUCAUCGAUACCAAGAUUCCCGCGGGAAUCGCAAACAUGAUUCUGAGGAGCGCUUGGGAUCUAUCAAGGAAGCUUCGGCCUCUUCAUCCAUUGAUAGUCCAGAUGGAGGUGCAAAAGUCAGUAAUCAUCCAUCACCUUUACAAUCAAUCGGGAGACAGUCGGCUGGCAGAGAUGAGAAACCCGGGAAACUUAGGACUGCUAGGAAAACCAGUGGCACUGCAUCAAACGAGAAAGACUUACAAGGAGAGCUUAGCUUAAGACUCGACACGCUCACGAUCUCGGACAACAUCACGAACGAGACAUCUCUAGACACCAGGGCUGCAGCAGUCCAUGGCUCAGGCACCUCACAGUCGCCAGGGUCAUCGAUCUAUCUGAAAGAGGCUCUCUUUGACACACAUUCCACAGGAAUAUACAUUGGAAUUGCGCAGAGAAGGCAACUCCCUACUCAGCAAUUGAUCAUCAAUGCGACACCUCUUUUUCAGACCAGAACACAGUCUUACAACCAGGUCACUCGAGGGCAUACAGCUGCUUCCGGCAAUCCGACGCACAGUAAUGUCAACUCUUCUAGGACCAACGGCGAAGCCAACCAAUCAGGUUCCAGUACAAGGCAAUCUGCAGCACCCAAGAAGAGGAAGCUCAACCAACAGUCUGACGAAGAAGGUAGCGAUGACGAAGAACAAGCGCCGAGUCGAACACCAAAAGACAAGCAGGAUGAGACAAAGCUUGUUUUUGCAUGUCCAUAUCUCAAGCACGACAAGACACGGCACAGCCUAGAGACCUGCUGCAAUGGACGCGGCUGGGCCGAUAUCGAUCGACUCAAGCACCACAGACGGGCCAUGCGUUGCCGCCGCUGUCAGACCAAAUUUGGAAAGUCUCCCGAUUUGUCCGCCCAUCAGGAAGAAGAACCGCCAUGCAAGGAGUCGAACGAACCGACCUGGGACGUUUUCGACGAGGAACAAGAGAAACUCCUCAGGUCUCGGAAAGGUCUAAGCAAACUGACCAAGCCAGAGAAAUGGCAAAAAAUAUAUCAUAUCCUGUUCCCUGACGUCGCCGAGGCUGAGAUACCCUCACCUUACAGCAGCCCAGAUGACACCCAAAGUGUGAUGGAUCAUUUUGCCCAACAACUACCCGGACGCGUUGUCGGCCAUCUGGAGAAAAGUCUGAAAGCGCUGGGUUUGAACGUACACACGGGCCAAAUUGUUGAAUGUGUCAAGGACGCUAUUGGAAAAGGUCUCGAAGACUUGCUCCAGAACCAAAAUGAAUUUGCCGAAUCACAAAGUCCCGAAUAUCAUCGACACUGCGCAAAUCGGGGCGUUGCAGCUGGAAAUUCGCAUCAACCAUCGACACAACAGGAAGAGACCUUCGGGGGGCUCUUAGCGCCAGGACCUACACGCGACCUUGAUCCUUUCGGGUUCGACAACCUGCCAGAGUCCUUUUAUCAAACCCCAGCCCCGAUAUUCAUGGACUCGCCCGUUGGGGAAGCAGUGCCGUGA